GCUCCGAACGGAGGAGGCAGCUUGCCAAUUAAAUAAAUAUUUGUAAAAAUUUCUUGUUGAAAAAGGGUUCAUCAGAUCAAAGUAGAUUAGCUCAUUCGAGGCAAGUGUCCAAGAAGGAGACAAUUCAAAAUACAUUUAACGGCAUUAUGGCCGAGAUCUUGUCGCGCGAAAAGGAACUCUUCAAUAUAAAUCAAGAGCUAAAUCUUUUGGCAUUGAAUCCCGCCGAAGAUGGCAGCCAUGCGGUAACCCAGUCCCGCUACAGCACCUAUCUCAAGCAGAAGGGUCCCAGCACGUUGCUGAAAAAGAAACUGAAUGUGGAUGGCGGCAGCGCCAGGACAACGGGCAGGCGUGGCCACAAAGGAGGACUACCCAGGGCGCUCAGAUCGCCCAAUAAAAGUGCUGCAACAACACCAACAACAUUGACACCGCCAUCAACGCAGGUGACAUCACCACGGUGCAAGCCCACGACGACCCUAAUGUCACAAUUGAACAAAUCCAAAAUGCCCGACUGGCGGUUGGGCAAGGCGCAGACCAAACAAGCUCCAACAACCAACAACAACAACAACAACGGAACACAGCAGCCGGCUGGACGAAUCGAUAGUACCUUUACGCGUAGGGCAAGCCAUAAAACGGCCACGUACGUUAAGUAUCGCAAUCCAAAUUUCAAGCAAAGUCCAUCGUUGGAUCUGCUGCUGCGGCACGGCGAUGGCCUGGACGCGCAGCAACAGCCGAUGGUGGAGCUAGAGGUAGUGCAGCAGUCACAACGCGAGAGCACAACGGUCGUUAAUGGACAAUCGAAGAAGCAGCUAACGCAGGACAACUUCAUCAGAUUUCUAAAGGCCAAGGUUACCAUUUUGGAGGAGGAUCACGGACAGCUGACGCAGGAUAUGGCCGAUCAAAAGGAGCGGUUGGAACAGGCACUCGACGCACUGCGCAAGGUGGAAAGUCAACGGGAUCAGGCAUUGAACUCAAACGCCAAGCUUGCCGAGCAGCUGCAUCGUCUCGAACUGCAGUCCGAGGAGGCCAGCCGCCGGCAAAAGGAGCGCCAGGUGGAGUACAACAACCAACAGCACGAGUUGGAGCUGCUGCGGCGCGACACAAAAAUGCUGAAGCAAACCAAUGCCAAUCUGGAGAAUCGCUUGAUGCGCGCCAGCGAAGAUGCCGAAUCCAGUCGCCAGAUGCUCGGCCAGCAGGCUAACCAGCAGCGCGACGAUCUCGAAUACAAUCGCAAAGAGAUCAAGUUGCGAGAUGGUCGCAUCAAGGCCCUAAAACGCCAGCGUGCAGACCUCCUGAAUGCCUACAAGAAGCAGCUCUUCAUGAUUGACAAUCUCAAGCGGCAGAACAGCUGCGUGGAGCAGGCGGUGGCCAUUGGCUUUGGCGAGAAGGAGUUCAGCAAGGUGCUCGAUUGGAAUGCGGGUAGCAAGGCAGUAUUUUAGUUCGGUCUCAAAGCUGAUCAAUUUAAUUUAUUUUAAUUUCGGAACUAGUGCUUAUUUGAAUCGCUUGUACUUAAUUAAAUGUAGUAUAACAAUUAAA